AUGGUUUUGUCAGGUUCAAUGUCCGACUCCGACAACUCAAUCUGGGACUCUGAUGAAAUUUUAACGUCUGAUUGUGAUAGCGAAAAUUCGUCCACUUACACCAAACCAUUGUUAGACAUGGAUGAGGUGGUCGAAGGUGAGUUACAAUCUUCUAGAAGUUCCAUUGAAACAAUUACUCCUAUAAUUUUCACAGCUGCGACAAUGGAUAACAAGCGACCUCAUGGUGGAUCUACUUUUGGUAGACGCACAAUUGUUCGCGAUAGGAGACGACGUCACAAUCUUAUUAUUCGUGAUUACUUUAGAGGUGAAGACUCGAAAUACCCUCCACAACAUUUCCGUCGUCGUUUUCGUAUGGAUAUUAGCCUUUUCAUUCGCAUAUUACAUGAUAUUACAAAUUAUGAUAAGUACUUUACACAAAGGUAUGAUGAUGUUAAAAGGGAAGGUUUAAGUCCUUUGCAGAAAAUGAUUGCAGCUGUACGGAUGCUUGCCUAUGAUUUGCCAGCUGAUAUUCUUGAUGAAUAUAUACAGAUUGGUGAAAGUACUGCAGUUGAAUGUCUCAAGCGUUUUUGCGAUGCCAUAAUCGGAAUAUAUGAGAAAGAGUAUCUAAGAAAACCAAAUGAAAAUGACAUAGCUAGGUUGCUUAAGGAAGCAGAGAGUCGUGGUUUUCCAGGCAUGAUUGGGAUUGCUCCACCUUGUGAAUUUGCAAUACAAGGUAAAAAGUAUAAUAUGGGGUAUUACAUGUCGGACGGAAUUUAUCCCAAAUAUGCCACACUAAUUCAAACUAUCUCUAACCCAAGUAAUGAUAGAGAGGAAUUAUUUUCUAAGCGACAAGAAGCUGUGAGGAAAGAUGUGGAACGAGCUUUUGGAGUUUUACAGAGUAGGUGGAGAAUUGUAAAGGGCCCAGCGCGUAAUUGGAAGGCAAAAGACCUUGGUAAAAUAAUGAAGACGUGUAUUAUCUUGCACAAUAUGAUUAUCGAGAAUGAAGAACCUCAAGGAACUGAUCCGGCACGAUGGGAGCCUCAUGUAGAAGAAAGAGUUAGGCUUGUUAAUUUAGAGCAUGAUCAUCGCUUUCUUGUUUGCAGGAUGAUGUAUAGAAUGAAACAAGUUCGAAGCACCGAAGCACAUGACACACUGAAAACUGAUAUUAUCAACCACUUGUGGGAUACACAUACGAACCAAAGCAACGUCUCUACUAGAAAUUAA